GUAGGUCUCGCGUCUGUGCCGGAUUCUGGGCGGCCUGAGGGGCGCGGAGACUCGUGGGGGAGGGAGACGCCAGCAGCAUGGCGGCUGGGCACGACCCUCUCAACCCUCCUUUUCCCCGCUGUCGUCGCCGCCGCCGCCGGGGUCGCUGGGACCCUUUGGUCUGCGUGUGUUAGUUGUAAGCCCACUUCCCGCCCGUCAGUCCUCCUCCACCGGCCCUGCUUCCUUUCGCCGCCACUGCCGGCCGUAGGGUCGGGCGGGCCGGAUAACUUACCUCCCACCCCACCUACUAGCCCGAGAGCCGGGACCAUGGAGGACGUGAAACUGGAGUUCCCUUCCCUCCCACAGGGCAAAGAAGACGCUGAGGAGUGGACCUACCCUAUGAGACGAGAGAUGCAGGAAAUUUUACCUGGAUUGUUCUUAGGCCCAUAUUCUUCUGCUAUGAAAAGCAAGCUACCUAUACUACAGAAACAUGGAAUAACUCAUAUAAUAUGCAUACGACAAAAUAUUGAAGCAAACUUUAUUAAGCCGAACUUUCAACAAUUAUUUAGAUAUUUAGUCUUGGAUAUUGCAGAUAAUCCAGUUGAAAAUAUAAUACGUUUUUUCCCUAUGACUAAAGAAUUUAUUGAUGGGAGCUUACAAACUGGAGGAAAAGUUCUUGUCCAUGGAAAUGCAGGCAUCUCCAGAAGUGCUGCCUUUGUUAUUGCAUAUAUUAUGGAAACAUUUGGAAUGAAGUACAGAGAUGCGUUUGCUUAUGUUCAAGUAAGAAGAUUUUGUAUUAAUCCCAAUGCUGGAUUUGUCCAUCAACUUCAGGAAUAUGAAGCCAUCUACCUAGCAAAAUUAACAAUACAGAUGAUGUCACCACUCCAGAUAGAAAGGUCAUUGUCUGUUCAUUCUGGUACCACAGGCAGUUUGAAGAGAACACAUGAAGAAGAAGAUGAUUUGGGAAACAUGCAAGUGGCGACUGCACAGAAUGGCUGACUGAAGAGCGACAUUAUAGAGGGUGUGAAUUUCUAUUUGAGGAGAAAGUAGUCAAGACAACAAUAAUGUAAAAUGGUAAAAACACAAGUAGUUUCUUUUCAAUUAUAUGUUGCUUCCAGACAUCUUUCUCUACAACUUGUUGAGCAACAUAUUAAGAAGAUGUUGGACUUUUGCAAUA